AUGGCCAUCGACGCGAUGGAGAUCGACUCACAAGUUGCCUCCCCGGCAGCGAAUCGCUCGCCGGAGAAGGAGCGCAAACGCAAGCACAAGGACACUUCAUCCCCCUCGAAGAAGAAGCGCAAGCACACGGUCACCGACGAAAAAGCGACCCCGAUGCCCAUACGCGAGAAGAAAAGCAGCAGCAGCAGCAGCAGCAGCAAGAAGUCAACAACCAAGAGUCAAAAGAAGUCCACGAUCACUACGCCUGCCGAAGGUUCCCCCUACACCCUCACCACCGCAACCCUCUACCUCCCGCUAUCGCCCAUCUCCAUCUCUCCGACUCACGCGCAGGCCUCACUGAUGGCGGAGCACCUGUCCCCGCUGCUCCUGACCUACUACCCGCCGCUCGAGGGUAUCGUGCUGGCCUACUCCAACGUGACGAUCUCCAGCACGCCGCCCAACAGCCCGGAGUCCGCCGCGGUGGGCGCGGCCACCGAAGACCACCCGCAACCCCUCACCCUGGCGCGCACCGCCGGCGAAUACGGAGUCCUCUACGUCUACCUCACGGCGACCUUCCUGGUCUUCCGCCCGCAGCGUGGUCAGCUCCUGGAGGGGUGGGUCAACGUACAGUCGGAGGGGUUCCUGGGCGCGAUCGCCCUGAACCUCUUCUCCGUGGGUAUCGAACGGAAACGCCUCCCCUCCAACUGGAAGUGGAUUCCUCCAGGCGACGAACACGAGGACGAAUCCACCACCACCACAACCGCGAAGAACACCCCCAACGACGAAACCAACCCAUCCACCACCAACUCAGACGACUCCGACUCGGACACCUCGGAAGCCGAUCCCAAGCCCCAAUUCGACCCGGAACUCGAACACUUCAGCCCCGUCACCCUCGCCUCCGACGCCAACCCGCUCAACCCCUCCAACUCGAACCCGGACAUCUCCACCACCAACGACCUCAACAAUAUCAACGAAGACGACGAUGACGGGGCAGAGGGCUACUUCCAGUCGGUGUCGGGCCACCGCGUGCGUGGCACGAUCAAGUUCCGGGUGGUCGACAUCGACGUGAUCCCGGGCUCGGAACGGGACCGGGGGUUCAUCAGCAUCGAGGGCACGAUACUCAGUCCCGAGGAGGAAGCGCGGGUGCUGGAGGACGAGCGGAACGGGAUCCCCUCCACCGGGCUGGGCGGUAGUGUCAUGGGCACCCCGCGCCGCCAGGCGAGCGUCGACGCGCCGCCCUCGGUCUCGUUCACCGUCCCGCUCAGCGCCGCUCCCGCGGAUCGGGUGGAUGAGCUCCGGGACGACGACGUCGUCGUCAAGGAGAAGAAGAGCAAGUCCUCCUCCUCCGUUAAAAAGGAAAAGAAGGAGAAGAAGGAGAAGAAGUCCAAGGACUAG